AUGUGCACCGAACAUCCGAGGAUGGAAGAACUUGCUAACAUCAUUGUCCGUAUGAUUGAAUCCAUAGAGCAACAUAAGAAUUCCUCGUUUCCAUCGGUCAGGUUCUUUUCUGCCAAUCAACAGAGGACAAGAGGUCGUCCUGUGUAUGUAAUUUCUCGAGAACAGCUGGAAUUCUUCAUUGAAGCUGGCUUUACAAGACAACAAAUGGCAGAUCUUCUGCAUGUGUCUGACUCAUCGGUCAAGCGAAGGCUUAGAUCCUUUGGUCUAAAGCUGAGGCAGACAUACUCGGUGCUGUCAAAUAAUGCAUUAGAUGAUCUUGUACGAGAAGUGACCCAAGGGAACCCGUCCCUUGGUCAGAGAAUGGUUCAAGGCCUGCUGCAGAGCCGAGGACAUAGAAGGCAGAGAGUUGCUGACAGCCUAAUACGAGUUGAUGCCGCAGCAGUGGCUUUGAGAUGGUGUCAUUCCAUAAGACGACUGGUCUACAAGGUUGCAGCACCAAAUUCAUUGUGGCAUAUUGAUGGAAACCACAAGUUAAUCAGAUGGGGCUUUGUCGUCCACGGUGGGAUUGAUGGAUACUCGAGACUGUGUGUCUUCCUGAAAGUAUCCACCAACAACCGUGCAACCACGAUGACGAAAGCCUUCAUAAAUGGUACUAGGCAGUAUGGUGUACCUUCCAGAGUGAGAUCGGAUAAAGGUCUGGAAAACACAGGAGUUGGAGCCUUCAUGAUAUCCUAUCGAGGCCCUGGACGUGGAUCCUUCAUUACUGGGAAGAGCGUCCACAACCAGAGGAUCGAGCGUCUCUGGAGGGACAUGUAUUCUGCAUGUACCAAUGUGUUCCACCAGCUCUUCCAACAUCUAGAGGAGACGGGUCGCUUGGACCUGAGCUCGGAAGUACACAUGUGGUGCUUACACCUCGUGUAUGUUCCACUCAUUCAGCGGGCCUUAGACCGCUUCCGUGACGGAUGGAACUGCCACAGACUGAGUGAGGAGAGGGGCAGAACACCCACCCAGCUUUAUCUGCAGGGCAUGAUAGAGCAUGCAGGACGUGGUCAUCGAGGGGUUGAUGACAUGUUCUUUGAACCUCAGGAGGAACAACUGAGUGUCUCAGAGGAGGACUAUGGAGUAGAUGAGGAAGCUCCUGUAGCCUCAGCAAAUGACGAUGAGCUACAGGUGUCCUCUGUUACAACACCCAUUGACCAUGAACAAAUGGCAGAACUAACUAAUAGAAUAAGACCCUUGGAUUCAGAGGAUGGUUUGGCUGUUGACUUGUUUGAACAGGCUGUGUCCUUUUGUUCGCAGGCAUUAAACAUAUAAUGACGUAUACUGAACAGUUCUAAGUGGUCAAUGGGUUGUAACAGAGGACACCUCUGGCUUCGUCGUUUUCUAAGUUUCAGUAGCUUCCUCAUCUACUCAGUUGUUCUUCCUGAGGUUCAAAGAACGUCAUCCACCCUCGAUGACCACGUCCCGCAUGCUCUAUCUUGCCCUGCGUGGUUGAACAAGUUGUCAUCCCCCCCCCCCCCCAGAGGGUUAGGGGAUACAAACUUGCAAUCAUAUUCCCGCUUUCACACCUGUAAGCUAUCAUACACUUAGUGUUUGAUUGAUGUACCUAAUGUAUAUUGUUAUACAUAUGAACACCAGUAUGAAGUUUAC